AUGAAGCCGUUCUCUCUCUUCCUGCUCCUGAUUUCGGGAGCCGUGGUGGACUUCCAGCCGGUGCGGGAGAAAGAAUCUCUGCUCUACCCCUACGGUCUGGACCAGCAUGACCAGAAGACCCCCAAGCUGGAUGAUGGGACAUCAGGGAAGAUCUCCCUCACCACGCCCUUCACCUUCUACGGCAAAGAGCACCAAAGCCUCUACGUGCGUGAGCCAGGNUUGAUUUCCUGCGACACCCGGGUCAGCCAGUACACCCCCGACCCCUUCCCCCUGGCCGACGGGAGUCCCUUCGUCACCCCGUUCUGGGCGGAUGUCAACAACGUGAUGGGAGGAGAUGUCUUCUACCGCCAGACCACCGACCCGGCGCUGCUGGCACGCGUCACCGAGGACAUCAACCGGUACUUCCCCGAGGUCCCCUACGCCGCCACGUGGGCUUUCGUGGCCACCUGGGACAACGUGGCCUACUACGGCUCGGAAAGCAACAAGGGCAACACCUUCCAAGCCGCCCUGACCACCAACACCGAGACGUCCUUCAUCAUCCUCAACUAUUGGGACAUCCAGUGGACAACUGGGGUGGCGAGUGAUGGAGAUGCUGAAACAGGACUUGGAGGAACCCCGGCCCAUGCUGGCUUCAACAGUGGAGAUGAAACCAACUUCUACAACAUCCCUGGCUCUCAGACCGAAGCCAUCAUCAACAUCACCAAGACCUCCAACGUCAACGUCCCGGGGCGUUGGGUCUUCCAGGUGAAUGACUUGGAGCUGAUAGGCGCCCCCACUGAGGCACCCAAGGUGGCCAACAGCAACAACUGCUGGCUGUAA